UUUAUUUUUCUCAGCUUCCCGUUGGUCGAACGACGUGAUGUGUUCAAAAGCACGCGGAGCUGGAGUCUUCUUGGAGCUGAGGAAACGGCUUCAGAGCGGACUUCUUAUUGUCGGGAAGGAAGUGGCCAGAGGUGCUGCAGAUGUGGAGGUGACGAGCAGGGAGUCCUCGCUCCUCGUCAGGACUCCGAGAGGAGACGUGAGCCUGACAUUACCGGCAGGGGUCACCUUCGAGCAGGGCUCCUGCCUCCACACACCUGGGGGAGAAGCCGGUGGAGAGGAGCUGCAUUUCAGGCUGCGCAUCGCUGUCGAACGGCGCACGGAGGAAGUGUCCUCUGACGGAGUCAUAGAGACUCUUGAAGCAAAGAAGACUUACUGCUUCUGCUGCCAGGGCUGCAUGACCCGGCUGCUGGACGACAGAACGUUUAAGCGAGUUCUUCCUCUUCCUAACGGGAACUGGAACGCCAUCGUGGACGAGUGGUGUUGCCACCCGGACCCGUUUGCCAACAAGAAGCUGCUGCCCCGAGCAGAGGACUGUUUACUGGGCGACACCUUCAUCCUCCUGGCCCGUGACCGCAGCUGUGACCACACUCUGACGGAGGAAGAGAGUCCUGUGGGCCCAGCAGACGGUCAGGAAACAAAGAAACCCUGUCGCCGUUUGACUCUCAUCUCUUGUGCAAGCUGUUCGUCAGAACUUGGAGAAGCUGUUUCACCAGAGGCCGUGAAGCUCUACAUCACCCAGGUGGUGGUGGAGCCUGCUGCGGGAGGUGGAGAGCCUGGAGCGUCGCUGAGCAGGCAGGUUUUCACUCACACUUCCUGUUGGGGACAGUUUUGA